AUGCGUCGCAUUUGUGACAAAAGGGACAUUGUGAGACCUGGAGUUACUCGUUUCGCCACUACAUUUUUGACUCUGCGGAGUCUUCUUGAGAAGAAAGAGAAGUUGAGAUUUAUGUUUUCCGAUGAAGCAUGGGUGAGAUGCAAGCUUGCAAAGACUGCUAAAGGCGCUAAGGUGGAGGCGAUUGCUAUGAGUGAUAGUUGGUGGACAGCGGUGGCCAAGAUCUUGAAGGUGUAUGCUCCUAUUUUUCGAUUAUUGAGGGUAGUCGAUAGUGACUACAAACCCUCAAUGGGAUUUGUGGUGGGGAUGCUUGAAGAUAUGAAGAAGGAGAUCAUUCAAGUUAAGAAUAAGGAGAAGGAUUUCAAGCCCGUGAUUGAUAUUAUAGAUGGGAAGUCCAAGGAUCGGCUCUUUUCUCCCUUGCAUAUGGCUUCUUACUACCUCAACCCUUACUAUUUCUAUAGGGAUGAUGUAGUGAAGAAUUACAAAAGGGCGAAAGAUGGAUUUCUAGAUGUGGUGGAGUUGUUCUAUCCUGAUGUAGAGCAACAAGUUGAAAUUCAUACUCAAGAGUUGGAGAGAUACAGAGAAGGAAAGGGUUCAUUUGCUAGGAUUGGAGCGGUGAAGGCUAGAGAGAAAUCAGACUUGAACCCAGCUAAUUGGUGGUAUUUGCAUGGUGGUGAUUGUCCCUUCAUGCAAAAUAUGGCUAUGAAACUUCUCAACUUGACAAGCAGCUCUUCUGGUUGUGAAAGGAAUUGGAGCACAUUUGAGGGGAUUCAUACGAAGAAGAGGAAUAGAUUGGAAUCGAAGAGGUUAGAGGAACUGGUCUAUGUGAAGUUUAACUCAAAGCUCAACCAGAAGAAGAGGAGAGGAGAAAACAAGAACCUACUACUAUCUACUGAUCGUAGUAAGGCACGAGCAUGGAUCCUAGAAGGAGCAGGCUCCGAUGAUGAGGAAGAAGUUCAUCCUGGCUCAGGUCUUACUUGGAGGAUGGUAGAGGGUAUAUCGGGAGCGGCUGAGGCUGCGGAGAAUAGGAGGAGUUCUAGGCUAGCAGGACCUUCAAGUGCUUCUACUUCAGUGAUAGAUGAUGAAGAAGAGCCUCUUGUCUCGGAUGAUGAUGUUUCAGACGAAGAGGAGGAUUGUGUGGAGAUGGAUUCUGGAGAGGAUAGCGAUGAUGGAGUAGAGGAGGAACUUCAUGAUGAUGAUGUUUGAUGAUGACACUAGAUUAGAUGCAUAUUGCUAAUUCAUUAU